UUCUUCCUCCACCCUCCCCCUCUCUGCCUUUGCCCUUUGCCUUGCCUUGCCUUGUAGAGGGGAAGAAGAAGAAGAGAAAGGGGACCAGGAGAAGAACACGAGAGCUGUACCAAAUUUCUACUGAGCCUGAGACAUAAAUCCGUUUGUCCGCUUUGGGCGUCUCGAGGAGGAGAGAAUUUGGUUCUGGGAGGUGGAUUAUUGGAGGCUUGGAGCACCAGGCUUGCAGCUAAGGCGACAAUCUGUCUGAGGGUACGUACGGCACGACGCUAGUCCGGCGAUGGAAAGGGAGUCGAGGAAGAACUACCAGACGCGAGGCUCCACGCGCGGCAGCGGCGGCACUGCGUCCGAUCGCGACCUGCUGCUGCAGUGGGGCAACCGCAAGCGCCUGCGCUGCGUCAAGGUGCAGCGCCGCGAUGUCGAGGCUGCCGCCACUGCGGCCGCCGAGAAGGCAGCGGUAGGCCAGCGCCGCGCAGCCGCUGCCGCUGCCACGGCGGCCGCACAGCACCACCCUACCGGCCACGCCCACCACCGCGCCAUCAGGAAUUCAGAGGACUCUGGAGCGAUGAGACCACCGUCGCAGCAGCAGCAGAACAACACGAUACGCGCGGUUGCAUCACCAGGCAGGGAGCGGUCUGCAAAGGGCAACAAUGACAACAAUGGGGUACCGCCAGCUUCUCUAGAUGACAAGAAGGGCUCGUCGUCAGGAAGUGAAGGGUCAAUUUGGCCAAAUUUUGCAGUUUCCCUGACAAACAAAGAGAAGGAAGAGGACUUCUUGGUGUUCAAGGGAUCCAAGCUCCCUCAAAGGCCCAAGAAGAGAGUCAAAGCCAUCCAGAGGACUGUCAAUUUUGUAUGCCCUGGAACAUGGCUAUGCGACUUGACUCUGGAAAGAUACGAAGUACGAGAGAAGAAAGUCUCCAAGAAGCGCCCUAGGGGAUUGAAAGCUAUGCACGACAUGGACAGCGACUCAGAAUAAUACGAUCGCCGUUGAUCCUGAGCAGCCGAAGGUUAGAAAAGGAAUACAGCGUCUUCAUCGCAGGAUCCUGUAGCUGAAGAUCAAAACUACGCUUCCCAAAUGGAAUUGUCAGUGGACUCUACCGCCUGUUCCCGGAGAUCUUAGAGAACGGCUGGAGCAUCGAGGAACCAAACCAGAAGAACACUGAGCUGCUGCAGGUUAUUUUGAGGCCUGCUGCACGCCGCUGUUUUCCAUCGAACAUCGGCUAUCAUCUGGCUCCCCUGCAACUGCAAGGCAGCUCUGCAUGUUUCUGAAGGCCCUCGUGUCAAGUGUUCAUACACCAUUUGAGAACUGCACACACAUCCCUCUGUCCAAAACAGAUGUUUAAGUCAGUGAUCCUAUAUUUAGUACCACAACAUUACAGUUGGGUGGGUGGGUAGGCGGGCGUGUAAAAUUUGCUCUCCGGGUGCACCGACAAUUUCAAUAAUAGUACUCCCUCCGACCCAUAUUACUUGUCGAAAUAUUACAUGUAUCUAGACGUUUUUAAACAUAGAUACAUCCAUAUUUAGGCAAAGGUGAGACAAGUAAUUUGGAUCGGAGAGAGUAACACUUUUAACGUGAAUUCAGAAGGUUGUUCAGUAGUACUAAUUUGGGGGUUCUCUUGCUGUAAACGUCAGCCCCUGUAAUUCCAGUUUGGAGCAUCAAACCAUGUGAAGCGUAGGCUUAUUAAUGAAACAACACUAUUGGGCAUGA